AGCCCACAGUGGAUAUUGUGAGACGGACACCAAUCCAUCGAGAGAACCUUUCUGCCACAACUGGAUUGUGUUGUCGUGUCUCUAGUCCCACCUGUGUGCCUUCACCGGGUUUUGCGCGUCAGAUGCCGUCGUCCGUGUCGUCCGCCUCGCCGCCGCCGCCGUCUGUUGGCCUUCCCAUUGCCGCCUGGAGUGACUCCGCCUCCACCCGACAAAGUAGUAGGCGCGACAAGCGGCAGGAGAAGCUCGGUUUGUGGAGCGCCGUCGCCCUGCAACAGCACUUCACUUUAACUGGAGGACAGCGAGGCCGUCCACUGCCGUCGGCGGCGGUGCAGUCAACAAGAAAUGGGAACGUAUCGCAGGGCCCAUACACGUCGGGCUCGUCUUUGGAGUUGGAUAGCACGAAUGACGGUGCGACCGCACUGACCGACGAUUUGAGGACGCACCUCGGGCCGCCGGGGAGCUUUCCUGGUAAUCCCCACAAACCCACCUUGGCGUUGCGCAUGGGGCUCGUCCCACCGCCCCCGCCCGCACCGUCCGCGGAGGACUGGCAGGUGGUGGUGCAUCGAGCCAUGCUGCGUGAGCAACAAUCGCAGCGGCACGUGACCGAUGCCAGUACGAACCGCAGCGGAGGUGGCGGCAAUGUCGGCUCCUCCGCGUCGCUGUGCGCCAUUUGUCAGAUGAGCUUCCUCUCUACGAAUGGGGAGGGCCAGGUUAUUUUGAGCUGUUCCCACGUCUUCCACGCGCGGUGCUUUCGCGCGUUUGAGUUGUGUGUACGGGCGCAGCAGCGCGCUGACGGGGCGGGCGUCGCAGAGGUCACCGCCCAGCUGGCCUGCCCUGUCUGCCGCACGCAGCACUACUACAAGCGUGUCUUUUACGAGGGCAAAGCCAUGAUGCAGCGGGCCGCGGUCGUGAAGGUGCAGUCCGCCAUUCGUGGGUUUCUGGCGCGACGCGCGUACGUGCGGGUGCGGCUGCGCAGCAACGCGACCUUUCGCACCGACUACGUGAAGGCGCGACUGGCCCGUCUGUCGGCAGCGUGGUCUUCCUUUUGUGCGCAGCAGGAGCGGCAUCGUGAGGCAACACUGAUCGCCUUGGCGGUGCAGCACCAGGCCGCCACCGCCGCCUACCUGACAGAGGAGGAGUGGGCGCAGGUCUGGAGAAAGUUGGUGGAGAAGACGGCCGAUACGCGCGGCGGUGACCGUUGUGCUCGAGACGGGGUGGAGAGGAGUGGGAUGGGGCUACAGUGUCCUAUCUGUCUGGAGCGGAUUCAUGAAACGUACUUCACACAACGUCAACGGGAGGCCGAAAUAGAGGCCGCCGCCGCCGCGGGCGAUGACGAGGUGGCGAUGCUGCGACUGGCGUAUGAGCAGCGGCAGCGCGCCUCACGUGGAGAAAAGCCCGCCUGCUCUGGACAGCGCAAGUCCACGAACGGCGUCAGAAACGAUAAGAAAACCCAUGGUUGUCCUGACAGGCACGCACCAGCACCACCAACGCAACCAAGGGCUGCGAAGCGUCUCAAGGGGAGUUCAAAGACGAAAGCAGAGCCAACACACGCAGCUAUACAGCUGCCACAUCUCACAUCUUCAUCACCCUCUCAUCCAUGCGCUCUCGCGAGUCGACCGCAGAGCGGGGUGCUGCUCAGCUGCGGGCACUGUUUCCACUCCACGUGUAUCGGGUGUUAUGAGCGGUACAACGAGCACCGCAUGACAGACGUGGCAGACAGCAGCGAAGCGGCGGCCUCCGCCGUGGUCAUUGCGGACCGCUGCCCGAUUUGCCGCGCAGGGUACGCAAAGCACCCGCUCUGA